AUGGCCGAACAGACGGCCCCCUCGGCCGAGCCUCAAGUGACCUUUUCCUCCGGCCGAGUCGCCAGCAGCGGCGCCGCCUCCGAGGCCCCGGACCUGCGGAUCCUGCACUACAACGACGUCUAUCACGUCGAUCAGGCGAGUGCCGAGCCGGUGGGCGGGCUGGCGAGGUUCAUGACGCUGUGCAAGCAGUACAAGGACGGCGAGCAGUACCGCGGCCAGCCGGAGCUGGUGACGCUCUUCUCGGGCGAUGCGUUCAAUCCCAGCUUGGAGAGCAGUGUGACCAAGGGGUCUCAUAUGGUGCCUGUCUUGAACGCUAUAGGGACGCAGGCCACUUGCGUCGGAAACCACGAUCUCGACUUUGGCGUCAAGCAGUUUGAGCACCUGGCCGAAAAGUGCGAGUUCCCCUGGCUGCUGGCCAACAUCCUGGAUCCCGCCCUGGGCCAGGACGUGCCCCUGGGCAACGCAAAGAGGACGCACAUCAUCACCGCCUCCAACGGCGUCAAGAUCGGGCUCAUCGGCCUCGGCGAGCGCGAGUGGCUCGCGACCAUCAACAGCCUGCCGCCCAACAUCAUCUACAAGUCCGCCAGCGCCGUGGCCAAGGAGCUCGUGCCGCAGCUGCGCGAGCAGGGCGCCGACAUCAUCAUCUGCCUGAGCCACAUGCGCGAGCCAAACGACAACAAGCUGGCCGACCAGACCGACGGCAUCAUUGACAUCAUCCUCGGCGGCCACGACCACUACUAUGCGCACAGCUUCCGCAACGGGACCCAUGUGCUGCGCUCGGGCACCGACUUCAAGCAGCUCACGUACAUUGAGGCGCGGCGGAAAAGGGACGAUCCUACGCGCUGGGACUUUGAUCUCUGGCGGAGAGACGUCACCUCUGAGGUUCCCGAGGACAAGCCCACUGCUGAGUUGGUGCACGGCUUGACGUCCAAGCUGCAAAAGUCGCUUUCCAAGCCCGUUGGAUGGACCGCCAUGCCGCUCGACGCCCGCUUCGUCACGGCCCGCCUGAAGGAGUCCAACAUGGGCAACUUUGUGUGCGAUAUCAUGCGGUCGUACCACAAUGCCGACUGUUCGAUAAUGGCUGGAGGCACCAUUCGGGGAGACCAGAUUUAUCCCCCGGGAGCGAUCCGCAUCAAGGACAUUACGACCUGUUUCCCCUUUGAAGACCCCGUUGUGUUCCUCAGGGUAAAGGGACAGGCUAUCUGGGACGCGCUGGAGAAUGGCGUCUCGCUGUAUCCCGCUCUGGAGGGCAGAUUCCCGCAGGUUUCGGGCAUCGAGUACGAGUUCAAUCCGUCAAGGCCGUCGGGCGAGAGGAUCCUGUCGGUCAAGAUCAACGGCAAGACGUAUGAGCCUGAAAAGGACUAUACUCUUGCGACGAGAGGCUACAUGGGUCGUGGAAAGGACGGCUUCACAAGCCUCCUCGUCAAGUCCGAAGGCGGCCAAGCCGAGGAAAUCGUCGACGAAGAGGCCGGCAUCCUCAUCUCCACCAUGCUGCGCCAAUACUUCAUGGCCCUCCGCACCGUCGGCCAGUGGAAGAAGCUGUCCGCCAACUGGACCAGCAUCGUCAACGACUGCAACCACACACACCUGCCCUCCGAGGUGCGCAGCAGCAACAACAACAGCAACAGCAAUGGCGAUGCCGUCCGGCGCGAUCUCCAGCAGGACAAGGGCGCCGUUGUGGAAUCGGAGCCGUGGCGCAAGUUUUUGCGGAGGCGGCUUGGGUACAGCAAGAAGCCGCACAAUGACGACGACGACGACCAUCAUUUUGAUCCGACGGCGGCGGAGAGCAGUAACAGCAGCAGCAGUAGUAGUGAUCAGUCGGGGAGCGAUUCGGAUAGCCAGAUUGACCUCGACAUAUUGCUCAUGAGAAAGUUUUGGGGUCGCUGGGCGCGCAGGGCGGGCAUCAAGGCUGGGGUUUGCGGCGAUCCCUUGAAGGAGGCCGAGUGUGCGGUGGACUGGACGAGGGUGAUUGCGCCGGUGCUCGAGGGACGCAUCAAGAUUGUGGAGGCAUAGAAGAAGCUUCUCAUCAGUUUGCAUGUCCUGCACAUGGACAGGAAAAGAGUAAAAGGAGUCGGACGGGAUCACUGCCUGCAACGCGUGGGUUUCUGCUUGGGUAAACCGGUCGAUACGCGCAGGUAUAUAUAUAUAUAUAUAUAUGUCUGGGACU